UUGGUGUAGUGGUGAUGUUGGUGGUGGUGGUGGCGAUGGGCAAUGGAGCAUAAACCUAGACGGUGAAUGACUCAUUCCAGCCACUCAUACUACACACAUCCACACAGACUCACUCACUCAUACUUCCAUUUCAGCAGGUGUUAGUAACACAGAUAGUUAUGUAGUAUAAGAGUACAGUACAAGAUGUCAGAAUACUGCCUGCGUUGGAACAAUCACCGGCCUAACUUGGUGACUGUUUUUUCCGAACUGCUCACUUCAGAAGCUCUAGUAGAUGUAACGUUAGCAACCGACGGUCACUACAUCCAUGCCCAUAAAUUAGUAUUGUCAGCAUGUAGUGUUUAUUUUAAGGAUCUGUUUGGGGCGAACCCAUGUAAACAUCCAAUAGUCAUCUUAAAAGAUAUUAGAAUUGAUGAUCUCAAAACAGUCAUUGAUUUUAUAUAUCGGGGCGAAGUAAAUGUUGCCCAAGACAGACUUCAGGAUGUGCUCAAGACUGCAGAAUCACUUAGAAUUAAAGGUCUAGCAGAGAAUCCUCGUAACUACGAUGAGAUUCCCUGUCAAAGUACGCGCUUCCCGUCAUCUGGCCUUGGGCCACAGGUAGCAAGACAAAGAUCGUCCUUAACAGAUUCCCGAGAGCAGUCGCUUAGUUUAGAAGGGGAAGAGGAUGGAGAACCUGGUACACCACCUUCUUCAAAACGUAGAAAGAUUACUUCCUCCCAUGACAGUUCCGAAAGUCAACAUGAUGAACAAGAAAACGACAAUACAAAUCGUGUGUUGAAUGUUAAGGAUGAGCCUGUGGAUGACCGUGAAAAUGAUAAGUCACAUUCAGGGGAUACAGAACAGGAGUCAAAUGUGAAUAGGGUAGCAGAUGCAAUGUUGAUGUUGCAGGGAGCAAGUCAGGAUAGUGGAGAAGAUUCUGGCAAUGCUGCAGGGACCAGUGCGGAUGCCACCUUAUCGUCGUCUCACUCUCAAGGGUCGAUGUGUCGAUGGGGUGCUGGAGAACCCCCCACGCUGGAGUCGCUCCUGGCUGGGCCUUACACCCCCCCUGGCCCCCCAACACCUGCAUCUUCCCCCCCUCCACCUCCUGUAGUUCUGCCUUCUCAAUCAUUACCCUCGUCCUUGUCCCUUAUCUCCUACCCAAUGCAUCCACCAGGUCCCCCGUUUCAUAUUCCCAAGGGUUGGCCUCCCCAGUUUCGCAGGAUGUCCCCAAAUAUGCUUAUGGCUAUUGAGGCUGUGCGCUCAGGGAAAAUGGGCUUCACCCAGGCUGGCAAAACUUAUGGUGUGAAUGGUCGAACGCUGUGGGUAUAUUAUCGUAAAUUAGGAUAUGAAGUACACAAUACUUUUAGAGGUAAAAAGAAGUUUUUUGAAAACCCAGCUCCAAACAUGAAUUUCACUGCAAAUGUCAAUUGUCCGGGAUCUUCUAAAGACGAGGAAUUCUCUCAAGAAGAUGUACCUGCUAUACCUGUUGUAACAGUUGUUGAAGAUGAUGAUGAUGAAAUCAUACCUACUGAUAAUAGUGACUCAUUAAUUGAUGUUCCUGUAAGUGAAGGGCAUCUUCAGUCUACCAGUGAAGAACAUUUUACUUCUCAUCAACCUCCCCCUCCUCUGCCUCAUCCUGUUCAUCUCCCUCAGCCACCUCCUCCAAGUAACCAAAAUGAGGAAGUUACUGCUGAUGAAGCUUCAAGAACACUUCAGAAUUUAUUAGAUUCCAUUAACAUGAAAAAUAUUUGGACAACAUCUGUAUAAGUUUACUUUACUUAUGAGUGAAAUGAUUAAUCUCAGUAUUCAGUAUUGUAGUAGAAUUGCUAGGUUUUAAUUUUGGAGGUCAGUUAUUUCUACAAUAUGCUAUAAAUUUUGUAAGUCACUGCACCAUACAUGUAUACAGUGUAUGUAAAAAUGCAGCACAUAUACAGUUUAUACUGUACGUACUAUAUUUCAUAAAUGUAGACAAUUGCACACCUAUGAACAGAUAAUACAUGUGCAUACACAAUUAUAUAUAUGUGUGUGUACAAAACAUUAUACAUAGGGCUGUAUAUAUGUAUACUUACUGAAUUUUUAUUGGUAUGUCUGUACCAAGGCUUAAAGGAUCUAUUGUAGUCAACAUUUUAGUCAUUUGUGUUAACGGUAUUAGUUACCAGAGUCUGUGAUUGGAAGAAUCUGGAAUAUAUUAGUGGCAGUAUGAUCUCACAUCUCUCCAUUUGUCUAUCAGUGUAAGUACAGUAUUUAAGGGAAGGGCCAUAAGGGUUGGUACAUAAGGUAACUAAGAUUGUUUGUGGUGUUUUAAUCUGUGUGGUGUAAGACUCUGUUAAAGUGACAUGAGUUAGCUUUAUCAUCAUAAAUUUAUAUGCUUGUUGAAAGUUGCUUGUCAAAAAUCUUUUAUUUGUGCUUGUUAUUGACUCGUCAGUGGCACAGUGGCAUAUUGUACUUGUACAGUUUAUGUUUGUAAUGAUUUGGGAUUGUAUUUCUCUUGUGUUGCCAUGCUUGCUUCUUCUUGCUUCUUAGGCAUUAGUUGAUUUGCUAGGAAGGAAACUUUCCAUGAUUAGUUGUGCCAGCCAUUUAUAUAGUUUACAAGAUGGAGAUUAUUUAUUGAACUGGUAAACCGGUACAUUCUCGAUUGCUGUCUUUUAGCAUUUAAACUUGCAUAUUGCAAGGUCGUAGGUAUUGUUAUAGCUUUUUGUGGUGGAUGAAGUUGUGGAAGCCACUUGAUGCGUGCCACUGACGGGUAUUUUUUUCA